AAUUAUAGAGAAUAAGACCAUCACAGUAUCUUUUAUCACAACACAACACUCUGACGGAACCAGAAAACAAGAAGCAACAAUGGCAGCAAUAGCUGGAAUUAACCUCUCAACUCCCAGAGUGAUGGCAAAGAUGACAGAAUCCCCAAGAGCUUUGGCUGCCAAGUCACCAUGGCUGAACAACCCAUGGAAAAGGCCCAGUCACUUUAGAUUCGGACGCAUGCAAUUGCAGCCGCCGAGAGCUGCCCCAGAGAGCAUUUCAGAAAAGGUGGAAGAAAGCAUCAAGACUGCAGAGGAAGCCUGCCAGGGUGACCCUACAAGCAGCGAGUGUGUGGCAGCUUGGGACGAGGUCGAGGAACUCAGUGCAGCCGCUAGCCAUGCCAGAGACAAGAAGAAAGAAUCAGACCCUUUGGAGACUUACUGUAAGGACAACCCAGAGACCGUCGAGUGCCGCACUUACGAAGAUUGAAAUGCAUAUAGUGCUAUGCUUUUCUAAUUUAUAAGUUCUCUUAGUCAUUUAUGUAAAAUUGGAGGUCUUCUGAUAUACGAUACAUGUUGAAAGAUAAUAUUAGUGUUUUAUUCUAAGUAAUCUUUCUUAUUAUUA